AUGGGUGACUACUCGAAAGCACUUGAAUUUUUCGAAAAAUCACAUCAAAUUCACGAAAAAGCUCUGCCUCCGAAUCAUCCCAAUUUGGCUACUUCCUACAACAAUAUCGGUCAAGUGUAUAACAACAUGGGUGGCUACUCGAAAGCACUUGAAUCUUACGAAAAAUCACAUAAAAUUCUCGAAAAAGCUCUACCUCCGAAUCAUCCCGAUUUGGCUACUUCCUACAACAACAUCGGUCAAGUGUAUAACAACAUGGGUGACUACUCGAAAGCACUUGAAUUUUACGAAAAAGCACAUAAAAUAAGAGAAAAAGCUCUGCCUUCGAAUCAUCUCCAUUUGGCUACUUCCUACAACAACAUUGGUGGAGUGUAUAACAACAUGGGUGAUUACUCGAAAGCACUUGAAUUUUACGAAAAAUCACAUAAAACAAGAGAAAAAGCUCUGCCUCCGAAUCAUCUCUCAUUGGCUACUUCCUACAACAACAUUGGUGGAGUGUAUAACAACAUGGGUGACUACUCGAAAGCACUUGAAUUUUACGAAAAAUCACAUAAAAUAAAAGAAAAAGCUCUAGCUCCGAAUCAUCCCGAUUUGGCUAUUUCCUACAACAACAUCGGUGUAGUGUAUAACGACAUGGGUGACUACUCGAAAGCACUUGGAUUUUACGAAAAAUCACAUAAAAUUCUCGAAAAAGCUCUGCCUCCGAAUCAUCCCGAUUUGGCUACUUCCUACAACAACAUCGGUACAGUGUAUAACAACAUGGGUGACUACUCGAAAGCACUUGAAUUUUUCGAAAAAUCACAGAAAAUAAAAGAAAAAGCUCUGCCUCCGAAUCAUCCCGAUUUGGCUAUUAGUUACUUGAGUUUUGCAGCAUGUUACGAAAGAAUGGGUGAUUACGCCGCAGCUCUUAAGGCUCUUCGAAGUGCUUUUCAAAUUCAACAACAAGCAUUUCAAGAAGGUAAUGCAGCUUUUACUUCAACAUAUAGUUGGCUCGGAAGAGUUUAUCGCAGUAUGAAAGAUUAUUCAAAAGCACUUGAUAAUUUCGAAAAGUGUCUCGCAAUAGAUCUAAAAACGUUACCUGAAAAACAUCCCUAUCAGGCUAUUACUUAUAGUAAUAUAGGUGAUGUUCAUCGAUUGAUGGGUAAUUAUGAAAGGGCACUUGCAUUUCAUCAAAAAGCAUUAAAUAUUCAAGAAAAUGUUCAAUGUAAUCCUCUGGAAUGUGCAUUGACAUAUAUAAAUUUAGGUGAAACUUAUCGUGAAAUGAAAGAUUAUUCAACAGUAUUGACAUAUUUCGAAAAAGGAUUAGAAAUACGUGAGAAGAAAUUACCAAAAAAUCAUCCUGAUUUAGCUGUUGUAUAUCAUAAUAUGGCAAAAUUAUAUUUGGCUACACGAAAAUAUAGUAUGGCAAUGAAAAAUAUUCAACAAACAGUUGAAAUAGCUCAAGAAAAAUUAUCUUCAACUCAUCCUCAUCUUUUGGAAUAUAAAGAAACAUUUGAAAAAAUUCGAAAGAAAAUGUAA